AUGAUGGCAGCGAGCACGUGUAACGCUGUUGGAGAAAAUCCAAAAUGCAGGAAAUCGUUCUUUGUUGGUGUAGAUGUUGGUACCGGUAGUGCAAGGGCAGCUUUAGUAACCGAUUCAGGUGAAAUUGUGAAAACAUGUGUGCAAGAAACAAAAACUUGGAAUGAUCAGCCGGAUUUUUAUGAACAGAGCACCGAAGAUAUAUGGAAUGCUGUGGUUAAAUGUGUAAAGUCUGUGGUUGAAGAUGUGAGUCCUGAAAAAGUAAAAGGCAUUGGAUUUGAUGCUACUUGUUCCUUGGCUUGUUUUGAUAAAUCUAAUCAGCCCUUAACAAUCAGUCCUACAGGUAAUAAUGCUCAAAAUGUUAUACUUUGGCUUGAUCACAGAGCAGUCAAAGAAGCUGCUGAAAUCAAUACAUUGAACCACCAGGUAUUGCAAUAUGUGGGUGGCAAAAUAUCCCUGGAAAUGGAAACACCAAAACUAAUGUGGUUGAAAAAAAAUCUGAGGAAAGAAUGUUGGGAUAAAGCUGGAUACUUCUUUGAUUUGCCUGACUUUCUCACAUGGAGAGCUACAGACUAUGAUUCAAGAUCCUCCUGUUCUCUAGUCUGUAAAUGGACUUACGAAAUGUCAGUGGACGGCACUGAAAGUUGGAACAAGUCGUAUUUCGAACAGAUAGGCCUCUCGGAGCUGUCCGAUAACAACUGGAAGAUGAUAGGAUCAGUAGUACAAGCACCUGGAACCCCUGUAGGCGAUGGGUUAUCAGCACGGGCAGCAAAAGAGUUUGGGCUGUUGGUUGGUACCCCAGUCGGAACGUCCAUGAUAGAUGCACAUGCAGGAGGUUUGGGGGUGUUUGGCUGUAACGUCCCCGGGAUCGACUCAGACUUCAACACUCGAAUAGCAAUAAUUAGUGGAACUUCAACGUGCCACAUGGCUGUUUCCAGUAAUCCAAUAUUUACCCCUGGCGUUUGGGGACCCUACAAGAACGCCAUGAUUCCAAAUAUGUGGCUAAAUGAAGGAGGCCAGAGUGCUACGGGAAAACUAAUUGAUCAUGUCAUCAAUAAUCAUCCAGCUACUCCAAGAAUAUUUGAAAAAAUUGGAGAUAUGCACAUUCAGCAAUAUCUGAAUGAACUAUUAGCAGGUAUGUCUGAGAAACAGAAUUUGCCAUCAUUAUCCUUUCUUACGAAAGAUCUGCACAUUUGGCCUGACUUUCAUGGAAAUCGAUCUCCCAUUGCAGACCCUAUGAUGAAAGGAAUGGUUUGUGGCUUGACCCUUGCUUCAGAUGAGGAAAACUUGGCAUUACUUUAUUUGGCUACAGUACAGGCAUUAGCGUAUGGUACUCGUCACAUAUUGGAAAGCCUUUAUAAUACCGGCUAUGACAAGCUCAAAACCUUAAUAUUUGCUGGUGGUCUAACAAAGAACAUUGUUUUACUACAAACUCAUGCAGACGCCUGUGAAAAGCCAGCUAUUUUUUCUGAUGAAGCAGAAUCUGUCUUACUGGGUGCUGGUAUCCUGGGGGCUAGUGCUGCUCAAUAUUUUACAGACACAAAGACUGCCAUUCAACUAAUGGGGGGCAAGGGAAAAGCUAUUAUGCCCAAUGAGGUUGAUGUCAAAUAUCACAAAAGGAAGUACCAAGUGUUUUUGAAGAUGUGCCAGGAUCAGCUGGAAUAUAGGAAUAUGAUGCAAGACAUCCUGUAG